AUGUCUGAAUGUUUGUGUCAUCAAAGAGGAUGUAUUCAAUUAAUUAUUGGGCCAAUGUUUAGCGGGAAAACAACAGAACUUUUUCGUUUAGCAACAAGACACACACUUGCUGGACGUUCAGUAGCAAUAAUUAAAUAUCGACACGAUAUACGUUAUGAUUCUACACAGGCAUGCACACAUGAUCAUCGAAAAAUGGAAGCAUUUUUAGCUGAAAAUAUUGAAGAAAUUUACGAAACAAUUAAAAAUUAUAAUGUUAUUGGAAUUGAUGAAGGGCAAUUUUUUAAAGAUUUAGUUAAAUAUGCACAAGAUUUGGCUGAUAUUGGGAAAAUAGUAAUUAUAGCAGCAUUAAAUGGAGAUUAUAAACAAGAAGUAAGAGAUUUAAACAUAAUUAUUUUUCUUUUUUUAAAGCCAUUUCCAAAUGUUACAAAAUUAAUUCCAAAUGCAGAAAAAAUUGAAAAAUUAAAUGCAGUCUGUCAUUGUGGGCAAUCAGCAUCUUUUACUUUUCGAUUAUCUACAAAUAAAAGGGUUGAAAUAAUUGGAGGGGAAGAAUUAUAUAGAGCUAUGUGUAGAGAAUGUGUAGUUAAAUAUACUAAAGCUAAAGAAAAUUUAAUUGAAGUUAAAAAAAUUAAAGAAGGGAAAUUAUUGUAG